AUGCUAUUUUGCAAUUGCCGGUUUUUUGCCAUCUGGAAGGUGCAUGCGCAGUCUGGGUCUCCCGGGCCAGCCAGUGGCACAAAGUCUGUGCCACCAUCUGAAAGCAAGGGAAGCCAUUCAAGUCAUAACAGGGUUUCAUCAAACAAACCACUUCCAGAUGUGGUUGAGGUGGCCAGUCCCCAUGAUCAGAUCCUGCCUGCGAGGAAGCGAUGGACAGUUGCGAUAGUCCCCCACUUAAUGCGUCAUUGGUGUGUUGGUGUGGAAUCCCACAGAUCUGCUCUGGAACAGAUCCACUUUCAGAAUAUUCUCUGCUAA